GGGCAGGAGCCAGCCGCUGAAGGGAAAGAAGAGGGAGAGCUUUAGAAUGUAGUCUUCCCCCCACCCACCCUCCCCUGACGCUCUCUUCUCCCAGGCUGGGAAGCAGAAGGCAGGACCCCAGCUGGGCCUUUCACCUCCGGAGAGGCUGACCUCAGAAGGCCAGAUGUGUACACAGUGCUUGACUAAUGCUUCUGAAUAAAUGAAUUAAUGAAUGCAGGGACUGCGGGGGCGGGGGCAUGUCCCUCAUCCCCUGGCUUCGGUGGAAUGAAGCCCCCCCGAGGCUGUCCUCCCGGAGGCCGGCCGACACGGUGCUGGAGACGCUCAUGAUGGAGCUGGCGGGGCAGAUGCGAGAGGCGGAGAGGCAGCAGUGGGAGCGCGGCAAUGCAGGCAGCAAGAUCUGCACCGGGGUCGACUACAGCUGGUUGGCCAGUGCACCCCGGCCCACCUACGACCUUAGCCCUGGCGAGCGGCUGCAACUAGAAGACGUCUGUGCCAAGAUCCACCCAUCCUACUGUGGGCCUGCCAUCCUCAGGUUCCGGCAGCUGCUGGCCGAGCAGGAGCCCAAGGUGCAGGAGGUGUCCCAGCUCUUCCGCUCGGUGCUGCAGGAGGUCCUGGAGAGAAUGAAGCAGGAGGAGGAGGCCCACAAGCUGACGCGGCAAUGGAGCCUGCGGCCCCGCGGCAACCUGGCGCUGGCCACCUUCAAGACCCGCGCGCGCAUCACCCCCUUCACCAGUGACAUCCGGACCAUCUCGGAGGACGUGGAGCGGGACAUGCCGCCUCCGCUCCGGACCUGGAGCAUGCCCGAGUUCCGGGCGCCCAAAGAGGACUGACCCAUGCCCUUCCCUGCCUAGGAGCUGAGCCACCUGCCGGAGGGCAUGAUAGGCCGGUGACAGGUCUCAAGUCCUGGAACCCAAGAGGUGGCCCCAUCCCAAGACAUUCCUGUAAGAUGGAGCAACCCCUCCGGGCCCACACUCCCCCAUCAGCUGUGAGGCUCCGGGUUAGGGCUUGGAGCAGCAGCAAUCCCCUCCCUGCCCCUUCCCACAAGUCAGCUGGAGCAUCCCCUGCCCUGCCUUGCAGAGAUUCGGGGUCUUGGCAGACAGACCCCUGCCCCAUCCGCAUCUUCUGCUUCUGUCUGGAAGGGGAAGAGUUGCCCUGACUUUUUGCCAAGACCUGGGUUCUCUCCCUCAAUUCAGGGAUGUCCUAUUCACCCCUUCACCCUGAGUAAGGAGGGACUUGUUGGAUAGUCUGUAUUCUCUGCUGGUAACUGCUGGUGGCUGGUCUCACCACUGCAGGUAGGUCACCGCCCCACGGAGAGGCAGAGCUGAAAGGAACCACAAAAGCCAACAGGUCCAUUCUCCUCACCUAGUCAAAUGAAUAAACUGAGGCUCAGAGAGGGUCAGAUUCUUACACCUUAAAUUGCAGCCAGGUCCCCAUGGGCCAUGAGAUUGUUUCUGUAGGCAAAGUCUCUUCCCCUGAGUCCUUGAGUCCUGGGCUAUGAUGGGACAGGUCCAAGGGCUAUGUCUCCACCUGCCUGUGGUCUGACACAUCUCUGACCUUGGAAUUGGCAUGGAGGUCUAAGGCAGUUGGGAUCAGAGGUAGGAUGCCAUUACCCUACACCAAGAGUAUCAUCCUGUGGGAUGUGGCCAAUACCUGGCAGCUCCUUCCAGAGCUGAAGCUUCAGGGCCUUCCUCCUCACUGCUCUGGAGAGCCCAGGUCUGAUUCUAGGGUCUCUUCUGUAACUGGUCACACCAAGGAAAGUGAUACUGAAAUCCCUAACUGGCCUCAAAGAACCAAGUGAAAUGUUCUAGAAGAGCCUCUCUACCAGGCUUCGCUGUCCUUCUAUUUCUAAUACAGUUAGACCUUGAUAAUGCACAUGCGGUGCUCCAAUGUCUGGAAGGUCAGGUUGCUUCCCCACAUACCCUGCGCUGAAGCGGGGUGCGGGGGGAUGGGUGGGGAAGGUGUCUGUCCCCAACUAUCAGUGCAUGCUCAGAAAAUGCAGGUGGAUCUUAAUAAUUAGUCUAAAUAAAAUGCCAGGAGAUAAGUCAAUGGGGAAGAAAAUCCAUAUAUUCCCUGACCAAGCUCAGUAGAAAAAAAUAAUUUUUUAAUGAUCUGGUUUGGGAUUAUUUUCAUUCAAGUCUGGACAGAAAAUCAUAAGAUGAUGGAAAACCUCUUAUCCAAUACAGUCAGGAUGAAGGAGCUGUCUCAUUACAUAAUCAGUAGCAGUUGAAAAGCACUUAAAUGAAAAUAUACACCUUAAGCUUCUUACAUAUUUUAAGACAUAAAAAAAAAGUUCAUUCAAUUGCCAAGCUAUGUUCAUUCUUCUGUGACAUGUGUGGAUGAUCUGAUGAGAACUCCACACUUAAGUUUUAUUGGCUUGUGUGUCCUUUAGUCAUAUCAAUAAGAACGGCUGGUGUAAACAAGUUCGGGACAAGCAGAAGUGACUUUCGGUAAGUAGACAGGUCACUUGGUAGGGGCAGAAGUGUUGGGGGGAGUUAGAAUAGGAUCAACUAGCUGUGAGCUUUCUGGGUACCCUGGAUGGGGGUCAGGGUGUUUUUUCUGAGGGAAUGGAGUGUCAAUGUCAACCUAGUUGUGGGGUGCAGGCGGUCAGAGGAGGUCAAUUGAGAGAAUAACUACUCAAGAAUUGGGCAGAAGAUAUGAGCAGACAUGUCUCCAAAGAAGACAUGCUCAACAUCGCUCGGCAUCAGGGAAAUACAAAU